GAAAUUAAUAAUAUAAAGAGAAAAAUGAAACCACAUGUACUAAUAUGAUACACUUUAAACCAUAUGGUACUAAAGUGAAAAAGUGCAAAAUCACAUGGGCUAACUGGGUACACUUUAAACAACAGUUUACUAAAGUGAUAAAGUGUGAAUCCACAGGGGGUAUUGGAAGUUUAUCCAAAAGUUAAGGAGUUCACUCAAUUUCUUUAAAAGUCAGGGGCCUGUUUAUAAAUUUCCCAAAGCACACAGAGGGCGUAGAUUCAUAAUGAGAGAGAGAGAGAGAGAGAGAGAGAGAGAGCUUCUUCUUCUUCGCUCUACCUUCGCCUCUUCGUCAAUGGGGGCGCUUCUCCUCCCUCUCCCACUCCUCUCCUUCCUCCUCUUCGUCGCCUUCGUGCGGAGCCCGAGCUUCGUGUGCGGCGCCGACUCCUCCUCCUCCGACGACGACACUUCCAUCACUCCGAUCCCUCGCGAUCUCUAUCGAUCGAGCGAUGUUUUGUUGCAUGAGAUCAAGGCCUUGGUCGCGCGGCAUUCGGAUAGUUUGAAUAUGGAGUCCGUGAGAGCAGGGAGUAAAGGCUAUCUCGCUGAGGUAGUAGUGGUUACGUACAACCGUGUGAAGAAGCAUAUAAGUGAUAAAGUGAAGUUCCGGAUCCUUAUGAGCUUUGGACAGCAUGGGAGAGAACUUAUUACUUCUGAAGUUGCCUUCCGUCUCUUGUCUGUUUUGACUGAAGAGCACAUUAUACCUGGAACGGAGCCGACAACUUUUCAGAAUAUGUUGGAUAAUCUUGUGAUAAAGGUUGUGCCAAUGGAAAAUUUAAAUGGUCGCAAACUUGUGGAAGCAGGGGAUCUUUGUGAGAGGAGAAAUGGUAGAGGAGUUGAUCUAAAUAGAAAUUGGAGCGUUGACUGGGGCAAAAAAGAGAAGGACUACGACCCAUAUGAGGAAAAUCCUGGAACAGCUCCAUUCAGUGAGCCUGAGGCUGAAAUUAUGCGAAAGCUCUCUUUAUCAUUUGAUCCACAUAUUUGGGUGAAUGUUCACUCUGGAAUGGAGGCUCUGUUUAUGCCAUAUGAUCACAAGAAUACAACCCCCAGUGGUGUGGCCGGGCGUUUAAUGAGAUCAAUAUUGGAAGAUCUGAACCAUCGCCACUUUCAAGACAAGUGCUUGGUUGGGUCAGGCGGGGGCUCUGUCGGGUAUUUUGCACAUGGAACAACUACUGAUUACAUGCACGAUGUUGCAAAAGUGCCGAUGUCUUUCACCUUUGAGAUAUAUGGGAACCUAUCGGCCUCUUCCAAAGACUGCUUCAGAAUGUUCAAUCCGGUUGAUAAAAUCACAUUUGAUAGUGUAAUCAACAAAUGGUGCAUGGCAUUUCUUACGCUUUUUCAGGAAGGACCCGACAAGCUUAAUGAUGCCCGAUUGCGUGUCUCAACCUUAUCGGACGAGAGGGCUCUAAACGGCGCAAUAGAUCCAAGAUUUAUGGAAGAUAACAGGGGAAGGAUGAGGAUGGAAGUGCUUGAACUUGGGAUGCGAGAAUUAAGAACUUAUUUUAGGCUUUUUAUGCUAUCGACUAUUCUGUUAAUGUUCAUGUUUUGUUCGAGGAUAUCAAAGACCAAAAACAGACAGCAACUCACUAGUCUUUUUACCCCACAAAAGCAAGAUCAUAGAAAACAGGAACAGUUUCGAUACGAUUACUUCUAAGAGUUCGGAUGAGUGGACCACGGCGGAAUAUCCAGCUUAUGUUUGGUGCUGACGACAUGUGAGUCACACUUAUUUCCUUUUGCGAUUGUAGAGUAGUGGACUUAAUGAUGCAUGAAAGAAUGUGAUUUCUCUUGUUGCCUUUGCUGUGAAAUAUGUUUCUUGGAACCCCAACAAUUGGGGCUCUUUGCAAAUGUUUGUAAUUGAAAACUGUGGCCAUGUAUCAAUCUCUUGAUCACAAUGAGUAAUAGUUAAUUCCAUUCCCUUUUCGAUCAAAA